UUUGCCAUGGUUAACGAAGAACUUCGCCAGCCCGCUAAUCGAUCUUCUUACGACCUGUCGUUUUUCGGAGAGUGAGUAAGGGACACGUUGUUUGGAACUCUGACCUGUCGUUUUCGAAAGGAUGGGGUUUUUGCAAAGAAAUCUGUUGGUUAGGGUAAGCGACUAGAGAGUUUAAAGAGAGGUUCGCGUUUGGCGAAAAGCCAGAAAUUGCUCUGAGAGUGAGGAGGAAAAUUUUCAGUUUUACUUUUGCCUCGUUAAGCACAAAGAGCUGUUGCAGAAAUUCAUAAUUAUAUUGAAAAAGAUGGAGAAGAGCAGCUCAGAAUCUUCGAAAGGGAAAAAACGCCAGCGAGAGGCAGACUCUGUAGCUGAAAGCAGCGAUAUCGAUCAGAUUCUAUCCCUAGAGCACAAUCUUACUUUCAGCGAUACAAUGGUGGCGCUUCAAAUAAUGCGUGCUCAGUUUCCCCACAUUGACAAGGUUUCCAUUCAGCCUUUUAUUCUGCGGUCGCAAUUAUAUAGCAGUGUAAAGGACAGAACGCAAGUGGAUAGGGAAUUAGAGUCUAUGAGAAGGGAGAAAGUACUGAGGAUUUUCAAGUUAAAUACCGGACAGGAUGAUCAUGCAAUAAUGUUUUCAGACGACUAUCUAAAUCAGAUGGAACGUGUUGUGAAAAGAUUGGAAGAAAAGAAACAGGGCAAUCUGGAAGUUUUUGAGUGGUUUAAAACACACGUAAUUGGUAUCAAGUUGGAACCAAGCAUUGAACAUCAAGAGCUGUGUGCACUCUUAUCACUUGGAGGAAAGGUGAAGGAUGAACAUGUCUCCCUCUUAAUCAAUGCUGGCCUUCUUACUCGGCAGCUUAUCGAUCCAAACAUGUACUGGUUUGCAAUUCCAAAUAUUGGUUCAGUACUCAAGGGCCUCUAUCAGGGAAGAAAGGAAAUUCUUUCUCUUCUGAACCGCAGGAGAUACAAAGAAAUGAUGCUUGCUCCUUUGGAGAAGAAGCGUCUUCGGUUUUCACCACUUGAUAUGAGAUUCCAUCUUCGUGAUCUGAUUGGCUCAGGCCACCUCAAAACUAUCCAGACACCAACUGGUUUAGUUGUUCGGGUAUCAAAAGAUUGAAAUCUAGGGAGGUUGCCAUCUCCCAACGGAUCCAUUCAAUGAUAACAUUACACCACUUAGUUGCACGUUCAGAAUAGGUAAUAGUAGCGGUAGCUGAUCCUUUGGUGAUGGCCAAAUUUUCCCCCAACAAAUUACAUAGCGCUCUUCUUCAGGCUGGGAAUGAAACAAAGAUAUCAGCUGAUCCUGUGCCUCCUCUUAAAUUAAUGCAAGAUGAUGUGAGCAUUCGCUUCUAGGUUUUCUGAUAGAAAUUUUCUUCUUGAUUUUUUAAAAUUUUUUACUGUAUAAUUAUUGUGAGAUACAGCUGAACUUUUUUUCAAAUUAAUUGCAUUCAUCAGGCUUUUAUGCGUCCUAGAAUUUCUA